AUGGCGACCCACGCAGAUUCGGCCCCGGCCUCUUGCAAAGUCAUGCUGGCCAAGAAUGUGGCCAAUGGUCUUCUGAAGGAGGUUCAAGAGGGCGUCAAUACGCUCGAGAAGCCCCCUCACCUCGUGGGCUUUUUGGCCAACGAUGACCCUGCGGCGGUCAUGUAUGCCCAAUGGACAGAGAAAACUUGUCAAGAAAAUGGAUUCCGCUAUUCCCUCCGUCAGGUCUCCCGCGACGAUAUCGAAGAAGCAAUCCUUGCCGCCAACGUCGACGCGGAUGUGGACGGCAUCAUCGUAUACUACCCCAUCUUCCACAACCGACACGAUCAAUACCUGCAGCAGAUUGUGGAUGUCCACAAGGAUGUAGAGGGUCUUAGCCACCGCUACAUCUUCAACAUGUAUCAGAAUAUCCGCUACCUAGACCCGGAGACCAAGUUGCAAAAGUGCAUCCUCCCCUGCACCCCGCUCGCUAUCAUCAAGAUCCUGGAAUACCUGAACAUCUACAACACGAUAUUACCAUAUGGGAACAGACUGUUCGGGCAUACAAUCUGCGUUGUCAAUCGCUCUGAGGUUGUGGGGAGACCACUUGCCGCGUUGCUUGCCAAUGAUGGCGCCUGCGUUUACAGUGUCGAUAUCACUGGUGUCCAGAAAUUUACUCGUGGCGAGGGCAUCAAGAAGCGAACACAUGAGGUUGUGGAUCUUGAAGGCUGGACGUUGAAGGAUGCUGCUCCUCUGUGCGACGUCGUCAUAUCUGGUGUUCCAGGAGAUAAGUAUAAGUUUGAUACUAGCCUUCUUAGAGAGGGUGCUGUAUGCGUCAAUUUCUCCAGUGAAAAGAACUUUGGCCCAGAAGUGAAGGAGAAGGCCUCCAUCUUCGUUCCGUCAAUUGGAAAGGUGACAAUUGUUGUUCUGCUCAGAAACCUUCUGCGACUCAUCCAAAACCGACGAGCGGGUGACGUGAAGCCAGCCGCGGCCACCGAGAAACCUGGCACAAUCGAAGCUUCCACAUGA